UGCCGGAUCCAUUAUCUUCUUUCUUAUUGCCAAAAAUAAGUCACCCUUAUGACGCUUAGAUUAUUAUAUUAAAAAAUGAAAGGAAAAAUAAGGAAAAAAACAAAAAGGAGCAAUUAUACCAUUCUAUACAAUAGUCAUAGAUUGCAACCAGUGUCAUAGAUAGGAACCAGAGUCAUAGAAGGAAGGAGCAAGUGAUGCAAAUGGCUUUUCCUAUCUAAAAAACAAAUAAAAAAAAAAAAGAAAACAAUAAAAAAAAGAGAAAAAAAAAAAAAAAACUCUUUUUGACGAUUCUGAAAAUUGUGAAGGAAUUUUUUGAAUUUAGGAAAAUGGUGGAAUUUAGAUCGAAAUGGAAAGUGAAAGCGAUCGUGGUGAUAAUAAUUACAUCGGUGCUGUUUCCGUGCGUUUCUGCCUCGACUUACAUGGUUGGUAAAGAGACCGGCUGGAACCUCAUAUCCAAUCUCCACGACUGGGCUGCAGCGAACCCUUUCACCGCCGGCGACUUCUUAGUGUUCUUGUACAACCAGUCGGCCAACGAUGUAUUGGAAGUGCAGCACUUGGAUUACCUUAACUGUAACGCCGCGCAGCCGAUCCGUACGUACAACAGCGGAAAGACGGUGAUCAAACUGACUCAACCAGGACCCAUGUACUUCAUAUGCAGCAGAGGAGAUCACUGUAAAAGGGGCCUCAGACUCCAGAUCGAAGUACAACCUCAGCUCUCUUACGACAACAUCAAUGGCAUUACGACUCCUACUACUAUAAGCCUCUCCUCUUCCCCUGCCACUUCCCCACCAAGCGAUGCGACCAGUGCACAUCCUCGUUAUGGAGCUGGAGAGGUGGGGAAAAGCUUGUACCUCGGGUAUGUCCUGGUGAUCAUAGUCCUGGUGAUGCUGGUCUUAUGUUGUCCAACGGUUUCCUUCUAAUGCAUACCCUUUUUCCUCACUUUUUGAUCAAGCGCAAUUAAGCUUUUUUCGUUUGAAAUAGACCAUAUGGCUCUCUCCGUUUCUCUGUAUAUAUGAGUAUGGUCAGGUAAUGUACAAGAAAUUGCCAACUAAACAAGAUGUACAGACAAGUAUGGUGUAGAUAUAAGGGAUUUUCAUAAAUUUAAGAUACAGAUCGAUGGACAAUACCAUUAUGAAUUAAAGAAUGCAGAAUUUAUUUAUCA